AUGGAUGAUCGCAUGCAACAAUUCGAGACGUUGUUGCAAAACAUGAGCAAACAGUUGGAGAAAGAACAUCUCGCUAGAAUAGAAAUUGAAAAGAAACUUGCCAAUGCAGUGAUUGUGAUUGCCAUUUGCGUGUGCUUCUCAUAUGAAGGCAACAUAGAUUACCGUAUUGAGAGGCUCGAGCUAGCACUGAAACAUGUAACGGAAAAACUUGAAACAGAACAGCUUGCGAGGAAACAAUUGGAGACUCUGCUUGUAGAGAAGGGGAGGGAACAUCGGCAGGUGGUCGGACGAGAAUCAGAGGUAGCUUUCUUCGCAACGAUCGCCAACCCAGUGCACCAUCUAGGACAAGGUCAGGUUCUCAUCUUCGACAAUGUCGUCACUUCCAUUGACUCCACCCAGUCGGUUGGUGGUUACAGCGCACCCACUGGCGUUUUUACCGCUCCAGUAAUUGGCUUUUACGUAUUUUCAGCAAUAAUCAUGACAUUCGAUGGCCACUCGACGCACUGUGCGAUCCACAAAAACGACGUGCCGCUUUCGACGAUAUACGUUAGCGGAGCCAAUGGCCACCAAUGGGACUCGGCGUCAUCAACGGUUAGCGUUGCCAUGGUAAAGGGAGACACCGUAACCCUGCGCCAUAUGGACGACGACCAUUCAGUGGCGGGAGCAUUCUACGGGGGUCAGUCCAGGUUCACAGGAUUCCUACUACAGCAGCAUGGUCAUGAACUGUCUGUUGCUCCAAUUAUUGGGUGA